CACACCACACCCUCACACUCAGCAACCCCCACUUCUCAUCACCCACCGGAGAACCGCUUUCCGGGCAACCCAAAGAAAAAUGGCUUCACUGGCAGCUACAACCGCAGCCGCCUCCCUCGGCGUAUCGGAAAUGCUCGGAAACCCUCUCAACUUCACCGUAGCCUCCAGGUCCGCUCCCACCGCCUCCAGCCCCGCCACCUUCAAGACUGUUGCCCUCUUCGGCAAGAAGAAGGCUGCGGCUCCUAAAAAGGUUGCCGUCGCCUCCCCAGUGGACGAUGAGCUCGCCAAGUGGUACGGUCCUGACAGAAGAAUUUUCUUGCCGGAAGGACUCUUGGACAGAUCGGAAAUUCCUGAGUACUUGACUGGAGAAGUACCUGGAGAUUAUGGUUAUGAUCCCUUUGGGCUUAGCAAGAAACCAGAAAACUUCAGCAAAUAUCAAGCAUAUGAGCUGAUCCACGCCCGCUGGGCCAUGCUCGGAGCAGCCGGAUUCAUCAUCCCAGAAGCCUUCAACAAAUAUGGGGCUAACUGUGGCCCUGAAGCUGUUUGGUUCAAGACCGGAGCUCUACUCCUUGAUGGGAAUACAUUGAACUACUUCGGGAAGAACAUUCCCAUUAAUCUUCUUGUUGCUGUUGUUGCUGAGGUUAUUCUUGUUGGCGGUGCAGAAUAUUACAGAAUCAUCAAUGGUUUGGAUUUGGACGACCAGCUUCACCCAGGCGGUCCUUUUGAUCCGCUGGGACUUGCAAAGGAUCCAGACCAAGCUGCAAUCCUAAAAGUGAAGGAGAUCAAGAAUGGCAGACUAGCAAUGUUCGCCAUGUUAGGUUUCUUCAUCCAAGCCUACGUCACCGGAGAAGGUCCAGUUGAGAACCUUGCAGCCCAUUUGAGCGACCCGUUCGGUAACAACAUUCUCACUGUCAUUGCUGGAACUGCUGAAAGAGCUCCUACUCUGUGAUUGAUUUUUCUUUGCUUGCAUUCAAAAUGCAUUGUAAAACUCAAUGGGAGUACUUAAGGCACUUAACCAAUUCCUUGUAAUAAUUCAAACCCCCAACUUGUGUUUCACUUUAUAGAGCUGUAUCAUUAUUCAACUAGACUCUAGUAUUCUGAAAUACUUCUCUCCAAAUCACUCGUGUGUUAAUAUUGAAGGGUACAAUAUUCAUUUUGAUUA